AAUACAAAAUUCAUUGUUUUACUCCUUUACAAUUCCAGACUUCUGCGGACUAAUAAGUGUCAGAUCAUGCAGGUGCUAAAGUAAGUUGUAUAGAGGAAAGAAAGCAGUUCAAGUCUUCAGUGAUCAUGCUGGAUUUUAAUAGGAACUUUCUCAUUCGAAAAUUAUCGAUGGCAAUUUCCUUUGUCACGUUCGCUUUCCUGAAAACUUCGACCGCGAGCAGUGUUCCUUCUCCGAUCCAGUUUCCUCCAACCAUUGGUAUCUCUCAAAAUGAACAGUUUCCUAAGGGGCAUCUUCAACCUUUGGGCUAUCAGCGUGUUCCUGAUGGACCCGUCAAAGAGUACUUUGACGUUCUUCGAGGUGAUUUGUUUUGGGAGAAACAUGUUGGUAAAGGCAUUCCAUUGGUGUUUCGAAAGGGAAUCGGCGAAUCACCCGCUUUAUUUACGUGGACGGAUGAUUAUUUAAAAGACAAAUAUGGAGACCUAGAUGUCCUCAUUGAGUUAAAACAAGAAAAUCGUUCUCAUCCUCCUCGAAGGAUGACUAUUGCGGAGUUUCUCUCUCGGUACGAGGAAGAAGAUAUGUAUAUUGUUACAGUUUUGCCUGAUCCGAUGAGACGAGAUGUUCAGGUUCCAACCUGUUUGCUUUGUGGCACAUUUCUUGAUUAUGUCCAUGAAACCAAUUUCUGGAUGAGUUCAGGAGGAACGCGAUCAGUCAUUCAUUAUGAUGCAGAUCAUAACUUGCAUUGCUUGGUAACUGGGCGCAAGGAUUUUAUCAUGAUGGAGAAAAAAUACUAUACAGACUUGUACUUCCUAGAGAAGAAUCAACAUUCAGGAUCAGGGUUUUCAGAAAUUGACCCAAACAGGAUUAACUUGUUUGAACAUCCUAAUGUGGCUAAUGUACCAUGGACCUAUGCAACACUCUUGCCAGGGGACUGUAUUUACAUUCCAGCAGAAUACAUACAUCAGGUGCGGUCAUAUAACAGAACCAUCUCAGCAACAAUUCUCUUCACAUCAGGACCCCUGGUGGGGGCACCUUUUGAACCCAAAGGUUGUGACAGAGAACAUUUUGAAUACACACCACUUAGUGAGUUGAAAGUACACUGGACAUAUAAAAAGGGAGACAGGCUUAUUGAAAUGGGUUACAUGAACGUGGAGGUUCUGCGUUAUAGCAUACUAGCAACCAUGAAGGAAAAAAAUGAAGAUGUUUUAACAAAAUAUACAUUUCUUGAUCUAUGGCAGCAACAAGAAGACAGAGAGGGGGACCAUGAUAAAGACAAACUAAGUGAAGAACCUUUUAAAAUUUUUCAUCAGCUUUUGGAUACUGAGAGAAAAGGAUUCUUGACAAAACAGGACAUAUUAACUAUUACACAAGAAAAUCUUAAGAAAGUGGCCCGUUUACUUGAUCCUCCUCAUGGGCCUGUGGUAAAAGAGGAAGAAGAAAACAGCUUAAAUGAAGACACAGGAUCGCACGAAGAACUUUAAUUAAUGUUGUUAAAUUAUCUAACUGUAAGUUAACAAAGAGAGUCACGAGAAACAGAUAAUCUAGCUUCUGCUUCAACUGUCAGUCUCUUCAGAUGUAAAAUAUUCUAUAAUUAUACAGACUGUGCAAUAAGAUUUUUGUGCCCAGUGGGUACUACCCAGCCUUAAGCUAUUGUUAUUUCAUACAGUCCUUGCUUUCACUGAGAAAAAGCCUAAUUCCACCUCCUUAUGCUUACUCAUCCAGGGAUAAGACCUGGCAAGAAUAAAAACUGCUGAAAGUU